CGAGCGAGCAACCAGCCAAUAGAACGUGUAGCGGAAGCGACGAGGCGUUCCCCGUGUGUGGCUCUCAGGGUGGAAGACUCGCACCGCUCACUUGUCACCCGGAAAGACGAUGGAUUGUUACAGGGGGUUUGGAAAGUGGAACACUAUGGUGCAUCCACAAGCAUCUUAUAUGGAAACUUCUGUGCGAUGGCAAGGUUUUAAUCUCCCUCCGUUUGGAAAUGUGAAUAAUUUUUCAUGGAGUCAAGCUGGAAAUUUUGGAAUGCCAGUCCAUGACAAUAGAUACUCUUCAGACAGACUUCCAUUCCACUCAGGUUUUGAAGCUUCAAAUGGAUUUGGAUCAAAUUCAGGAUGUGGUAUACCUCCCAGUCUUCUUCCAGCGCCUAGAAACUCCACUUGGGAUCCAAACUCAAGGCCAUCGUUGGCAUACACGAGACACAAAGCCAUUACCCAAGAUAAAAAUUGGUCAAAAAACUGUUCUACCGAAAUGGGAAGUAGUGGUGUACCUAUAAACACCAUAACAGGUCAAUUUAAGAAGAAGUACAGAAAGAAGAAGAAGAAGCCACUUUCCAUUUACAUAAACGCAUCGUAUACACGGUCAUUUGAAGAAGCAAAGAAAAAGGACUCACCUGCAGAACAAAAGAUACUGGAUCAGUCAAAGACACAGAACAAGACAGCUGAGACAACCGAAGCUCAAAAUGGAAGGGAAAAUAAAGUUAGUAUGAAAAAAGAGAAACUGAAAAAGAAGAAAUUAAAGAAAGCACAGGAAGCUGCUGCUCUGUAUGACAAACAAACUGUUAAAGACGAACAUCCAAUGCAAGGAAAUAAACCUAGCUUCAGAGCCCUCCAUUCUGGAACAGUGUUUACAUGCAGUUUGUGCAGGUUCCGCACUGAAGAUGAAGUAGAACUUGAGAGGCAUUUUAGGACUUGUCAGCAUAGAGACACAGUGAACUACCUGUAUAACCAUUUACCCCAGGAACAUGUAAACUUUAUAAAGAGUUAUUUGAUUAGCACCAACAAGAGUGUCUCUCUUGAACGGCAAAGAAGAAAUCUGAAUUCCAAGAAUGAUUCAUUCAAAGGUAUCGGACAGGAACAUUUCAUGCAUCGGGUUGAUGCGGUUCACUGCUUUGCUUGUAAUGUCCUGCUUCAUGAUAACCCAGCAGAUCUGGAACAACAUGUUAAAUCACAGAAGCAUAAUCUGAAACGUAGGGCUCAAUCCAAAGGUAUCAAGAGUAAUUGUGUCAAUGUUGCAAGGGCACUUUUAAAAGAUGAGAGAGUCACUAUAUUGCUUGACCGAUAUGUCAAGGGUGAUAAUCCAUUCGGAGAGACAAAUGAGGAUGAAUUAGCAGAACUGGAAGACCUUGUAACUGGGGAAGAUGAGGCAUCCGAACUCACCAGUGAUAUUCCAGACUGUGACAUUACCGGGAUGAAAAAAGAAAAACCGUGUGAACACAGCCCGCAGAGGGAUGAGGGGCUGGAUAAAAUGCCCAAUGAUGGGGUGUCAAUUGGUGGCAAAGAAGAAGAUGCUGCAGAAGCUCCAUGAAUAAAUGACAGUUUGGCACAUGGAUCUCUUUUGGGCUAUCCAAGCUAAAGUUCCUGUCAUUAAUGCCCAUUUAACUUUUGCUCUCAUGUUUUACAAGUAAACCUGACCUGCUGGCUAAGGAAUUUGUCUAACAAAAGAAGCGCCUAAAGCAAGAGUGUCUGUUUUCAUAAUUGGAACGGUUUUGGUAAUGUAUGAGAAAUGUGUGCAUACGCGCUUCAAAAUUCCUGCACAUCCAUCCAUACAUAAAGUGACUGCAAGGAAACAACUUGGUGCGCAAAGUCCAGAAUCAGGAGUUUUUGAUGCUGCUUUUGUUAAAAUUUUUAUAUCAGGGGCCAAAAUUGAAAUUGUGAGGGUAAUAGCCGAACCAGAUGUACGAGCUCUGGAAAAGGCAUAAAUGCUUAGUAUUGAAAAUGAAUACAAGAUUUCAGUUUGAAUAUCUGUGUUUUGCAGAUAUGAUAUGACCUUCUCUGCCACUUAUUUUCUUUUCAAAUUGGUUAUUAUUAAAGUUUUACAACAAAAAAAUAAUGAAUAGCAAAACAUGCUAUUCGGGGGAAGGCAAGGGAAGGGAACGGAAGGGAAACUUGGAAAAAAGAAAGGGGUACACCCAUAAUAACAGUGAACAUAGUAUUGCAUUUACAUUCUAUUGUGUAUCACAUAAUCAUAAUAGCAGGUGACCGUUCUAAACCAUAGGAUUCUUUAACACUGUUUUCCCAUUGAUCCCAACUGUAUUAAAGUUUCACAAAUAAACUGGAACUUUGUCUAUGUGACAUUUCGUGCAUUUUAUUGUCCAAAACUAAAUUUAAAAUUUCUUUGAGUGAAAGGGUAUUAGGUGAUUUCCAGUAUCAUGGCAAAUGAGGUAGCAGCAAUUAGGAUGUGGCCUAUGAUUCUUUCUAUUUUGGCAACAGACUCCGGGAAUUGUUUGAAUAAUGCUAGUUCGGAUGAUAGGAUGGGUCUAAUUUCAUAAUUAGUCUAUGUAUUCCUUUCAAUAUUCAGACAAUUUUGGGCAGAACCACCAAAUGUAGGCCAUGUUACCUACACCUCUGCAGUCCCUCCAACACCGGUCAGAGUAUUUGUCAUUCAUAUUGUGUAGACGGGAUGGAGAUAGACACCAUCGAUAAAGAAUCUUGUAGUGGUUCUCAAGAUGGUUUGUGCAAUACGUAAUGCCCUUAAGAGCUGUAAAAAAGUUAAACCAUUCCUCCAGACUGUAAUGCGUACCCAUAUCUCUCUCCCAUGAUAUGUGUCCACUUAUUUUCUGUGUGGACCUGAGAGCAAUGUUAAUAAGUAGCUGUGCAAUAGUUCAGAAGAAAGCAUGGCGUCAAUGUGCAACUAUUCACCAACUGCCACUGUUUCUCUAGCUGGUUCAAGCAAGCAUUGAGCACCUUAAUCACCAUCACUGCUUAGCAUUAUGACUCCUAUGAUACCCAGACAGCCUGUGGCUAAAAAACCAGGAGCCACCUUCCACAGCAAUGUCUCUUUUGGCCUUUUAUAUUUUGCCUUCAUCCAAGCUUGAUUUCUUCUUUCUCUCUUUUGAGUAAACAUCAGUUUAAACUGGGUGUAACCUUCUACAAAAGAUCUAGUAAUCCUAUCACUGGAAAAUUGGUUUAUAAGCUACUAAAGUGGCAGUGUGUACUGGCGACAUUUUAGAAGUAAGGUGAUCUUGAAGAACCAUUUUUCCAGGCAAGCAAUGUUUUCCCUCCCAAUAUCUGUCAGACACAGCACCCCUAAAUGGCAUUUUAGUUUGGUAUUUGUUUUAUAUUGUCUGAACUGUUAAAUGUUAGUGUAUUAAGAUGUAAAUAGUUCAAUUUGAAUUAAAGAUAUUUGCCACA